AUGAGCCAUAUGGUUGACUCGAGUGAACAAUACAAUAGUGGACGUGAACGAUUUAGUACUGCAUCUUUAUUGAAAGCAUUAUAUAACAAUCGAUCAUAUUUGGCAUUUGUAGUAGCGAAUGAGUAUUGGAAUUUUUGUAAUCAUCAAGAUGGAUCCAAUCCAUUGGACAAGACUCCUAUUCGUUUCAAAAAUAUGCAUCAACAAGUAGUGAAAUAUCCAUCCUCACAACCAAUGAUACCAUUUACAAUCAUGAAUGACAAGACUAGAAUGAAUGAAGGUCAUUCCCUUAAUUCUACAAUAUUUAUUGAAAAUGAACAUUAUACAUUGAAAUGUGUGCGUUGGAAUGAAAUGUCUACAAAAUCUCAACGUGAAAUUACAUCCAAUGCUGUUCUUGCUAUUAUUGGAUCUCUUUAUGCUAAAUGUGGUCUCUCAGUUGCCAGAGAAUUUAUUGAAGAAGAAAUUAUUAGAGAUCGACCUUCUCAAGUAUUCAAAAAAUUACUCUUUUUAGAUGAACCUCAAAUGGUAUUGAGUGAUUUAGUAGGAUCUUAUUAUCACUACAAUAUGAAAUAUGUUGAAGAAUAUGUUAAAUCUAUGAAUUGUUUUAAAUGUACAUUGUAUGUCAAGAAUAGAGUCAUUGGUGAUGCCAAUGCUAAGGAUGCAUUUAAGGCUAAAAAAUUGGCAUGUUUUGAUGGUUUAAUGAGAUUACAAGCAAUGAUUCCAAAUUAUUAA